GCCACCUACCUCCGCCCCACCGCAGAGGCUGGACUGAACUGUCUUCGAUUGUUUAUGCUCGCUGCUCAGUCAUUGGAUUCACAGUCGCUGUUUUUUGGCCGGCUGCGAUGUUCGGAGGGAGUGCAGGCCGGCGGCUCGCCCGUUGCUUUCAACAUGACUUCUGACUGAGUAACGCCGCGACUUGUCUUUUCGACUCAUUAUGAACAGCGAGGAGGAGUUUUACGACGCCGAGACAGGACUCGAGUCAGAUGAUUCCUUGGACAUCAGUUUCAAGGACCCCCUGGGGUUUGACAGCAGUGACCAAGUCACUGAUGGCUCCGCUGCAGAGCACAACACAGUGUGGCGACGUAGGAAAAGUCUGCCUGCUGAAAUGAUCACCAGAAACAAUUUCAGUGUGACAAGCAUACUGAAGAAAUGUAUUGGCAUGGAGCUGUCCAAAAUAGCUAUGCCAGUUGUGUUUAAUGAGCCACUGAGCUUCCUCCAGAGACUCUCGGAGUACAUGGAACACACUCACCUCAUCCGCAGAGCCUGCGGUUUGCCUGACUCCAUAGACCGCAUGCAGGUUGUUGCUGCCUUCGCUGUUUCAGCUGUAGCAUCUCAGUGGGAACGGACUGGAAAACCAUUUAAUCCUUUACUGGGGGAGACCUUUGAACUCACAAGAGAAGAAGACGGCUACAGAUUGAUCUCAGAGCAGGUGAGCCACCACCCACCCAUCAGUGCCUUCCACGCAGAGUCUCUGAAGCAAGAAUUUGCAUUCCAUGGAUCCAUUUACCCCAAACUCAAGUUCUGGGGCAAAAGUGUGGAGGCCGAGCCCAAAGGCACCAUGACACUGGAGUUAUUGAAACAUAAAGAAGCAUACACAUGGACCAACCCAAUGUGCUGCGUGCAUAACGUUAUCAUAGGAAAGCUUUGGAUCGAGCAGUAUGGAACAGUUGAGAUUGUGAACCACAGCACGGGAGAAAAGUGUGUGUUGAACUUCAGACCAUGUGGAAUGUUUGGAAAAGAGCUGCACAAAGUGGAAGGUUACAUACAAGACAGCAGUAAGAAGAAACGGCGUGUCAUUUACGGCAAGUGGACCGAGUGCAUGUACAGCGUGGAGCCCAAAGUUUAUGAAGCGCACAAGAAGUCUGACAAGAAGGCGGGAGCAGACUCAAAAAAGCUGAAGCAGGAACAUAGUUGUGAAGAUGAGAAUGCAGUUCAAGAGACCGUGACUGUGAUACCAGGAAGUGCCUUACUCUGGAGGAUAUCGCCACGGCCUGCUCAUUCGGCACAGAUGUACAACUUCACCAACUUUGCUGUGACACUAAACGAGCUGGAGCCCGGCAUGGAGCGACGACUGGCACCGACCGACAGCCGGCAGAGGCCUGACAUCCGAGCCAUGGAGAGCGGAGACAUUGAUUCUGCAAGUGCAGAGAAAGAGCGCCUGGAGGAGAAACAGAGGGCCGCACGCAGAGAGAGAUUCAAGGACGAGGAGGAGUGGUCGACCAGGUGGUUCGAGCUGGGAACCAACUCUCACACCGGCGCAGAGGAUUGGCUGUACAAGGAUGGAUACUUUGACAGGAACUUUGCCGACUGUCCCAACAUUUACUGACAAUGGCAGAUGAUUUCUCUCGGAAUCUUACAAUAGGUGUGACGUAUGGGAAGGGUCUGUGGUAGCAUUUGAACUGGCCGUGUCCGUGAUGGUGAAUGUCAUCCACGGGAAAGGUUCUAGUAAGUUUACUUACUGUAGAUGUUGAUCUUAUGCCCGCUAUCCUCACCUUUGCUAUGCUCUACUAAUCGUACUCCACAUAGAGUAAAUGUUGCACAGCUGUAAAAGGAUUGAAACCACCCGUGUGAGCUACAUACCGUCUGGCCUCUGUUUAAGUUCAGGUGCUAACUUCCAAUGUUACAUUUAUACACACCACGUACUUCUGUCAAAUUGCAUUCAAAUAUCAGGGGUCAUUUAAAAACAUGCGCUAUUUUUCUAUAAUCUGUUAUAGAAUAUUAAAAGCCGGUUAACCUACUCUAAAGACAGCAUGAGUGUUUUCUUUCACAAGUAGGAAACUUACAAAAGAGCUGCAUUUCCCCAAAUGUACUUGCACAGUAAAAUGCGACUGCUGCUAAAAAUCUGUUGUCACCUGCUUCUGAUAGUGUGUAAAAUGUUUGAUGCACGCAUGACAUUCAAAGCUAAUCUUUUACACAUGUUAAAGCCAUAAAAUGUCUUCUGCACUAAGGGGAAAUACUGUAAAUUUAUUCAUAUUGACCCUCAAAGUAAAGGGAUUAUGAGCAUUUUAGGUUUAACCGAAAGCUGUAACUAUAUAUUUUAGACUUUAUCUUCACGUAACAACCAUUAAUUCGGACAUAGGAGUGAAGAUUUCUAUAAUUUUCUUCCAACAACCAAAGUCCUGUGUCAGAACAGAGCUGGAACCUAUGCAAGCUGAUCCAUCCCGUGAACCCUUCUGAAAUGUGAAACGUAUCAACAUUUAAUUCCGGUUGAGCUUUGCCGCCGAUGUGUGAUGAUCACCGCUGAGCGAGGGUGUAUGGAAUGUGAUGCAGCAUGCUUAUUAUUAUUGUUUUUUAGCACUAACACUGCAUAAAACUGCACACUAGAAGGCUCAGGUUGUCCUAUGCACAUAUUGUUUGAUGAACAAUGCUUAUGUGAGUUCCAAGCACCUUCAACCCUGAAGACACUAAAGGUGCAGGAUUUGUUUGGGUCCUGUAAAUGAUGUCGGUCUAUUUGAGAGUUUAUAUUGUCUGUUCAGUGAUCAUCCCUCUGACAUGAGACACAGCCACACACAAACCAGGUAUACUUAAAAAAUAAAAAUAUGGACUAUGAAAAUAAA